GCUACAGCCCCCUCCCUUUCUUUCCUGUUUCCCCACCUCUUUCCCUGUCUUUCUCUCCUAUCCUAACCAACAUGGCCGCUAAGUCGGAUGGAGCAGCGGUGUCUGUGGACGAUGACAACACGCCCAGGAGCCUGUCGGAGCCGGGGAACCCCGUGGCCCGGUCCCGCUGCACGGCCGCCGGUGGGAAGCCCUACACCCUGCUGGACUGCUGCUGGGUGCUCUGCGCCCUGCUCGUCUUUUUCUCCGACGGAGCGACCGACCUGUGGCUGGCCGCAGACUACUACCUGAGAGGCGACUACUGGUGGUUCGGCUUGACUCUGGUCUUUGUCGUGGUGCCCUCCGCUGUCGUGCAGGUGCUGAGUUUCAGGUGGUUCGUGUAUGACUACUCGGAUCUUAGCGGCGGGGAAGGCUCGGGCAGCGGCAGCGGCGGGAGCUGCGCGGCGGCGGCAGGCGCGGCAGGCGCAGAUGCCACAGCGGGCGACGGCACGUUAAGCACCAAGGACAGCGACCAGCACGGUGGGAACGCGCCAGCGGUGAACGCCGCGAAUGUUACCCCGGUGUAUGCGUCCUCUGGCCCGCCUGCUGCGGCGGUGAGAGUCGGCUCCCCCCGGAGAUGCUGCACCAUCUGCAUGUGGGUCUUUCAGACCGUGCUUCACGUGCUGCAGCUGGGGCAAGUCUGGAGGUAUGUCCACGCCCUGUACCUGGGCGCCCAGAGCCGGUGGCACAGGAACGGGCCCCGCCGUCACUUCCACUGGAGGUUGAUGUUCGAGAGCGCCGACAUCACCAUGCUGCGCCUGCUGGAGGCCUUCCUGAAGUCUGCGCCGCAGCUCGUGCUGCAGCUGAGCAUCAUGAUUCACGGGAACGGCGUGCUGCCGCUCCAAGGCCUCUCAGCUUCAGCAUCACUGGUUUCACUGGCCUGGAUGAUCGCCUCCUACCAGAAGGUUCUCCGGGACUCUCGUGACGACAAGCUGCCCAUGUCCUACAAGGCCGUGAUCGCCCAGAUGCUGUGGCACUUCUUCACCAUCGGGGCGAGGACCGUGGCUUUCGCCCUUUUUGCCUCUGUCUUCCAGCUCUACUUUGGUAUUUUCAUCGUCAGCCAUUGGUGUGUGAUGACCUUCUGGAUUAUCCAGGGUGAGACUGACUUCUGCAUGUCCAAGUGGGAAGAAAUCAUCUACAACAUGGUCGUGGGUAUCAUUUACAUCUUUUGCUGGUUCAACGUCAAGGAAGGGCCCAGUCGCUUCCGUAUGGCUCUGUACUACUCCGUGACUCUGGCUGAGAAUGUGGCGCUGACCGCUGCCUGGUAUACCUACCGUGGCCCCCAAACAAGUGACUCAUCCGCCCUGGUCGUGGUGUGCCUGGUGGCCUGCAGCUUUGCCCUGGGAACCUUCUUCAUGCUGGUAUAUUACUGCUGGCUGCACCCGGACGGGCCUGUUCUGGGCUCCCAGUGGGGAGGAUGCGUCGAUGAGGGUGUGGUAGGAACAGGGGGUAUGGUGGGAGUUAUUGAUGCUUGCCUUACUCCAUCCCAAGGGUCCCAAACGGAUAUGGUCAUUACUAGUCCUCCACGGACUUUGCCCAGGACUAAAGAUAAAGAUUUGGGGGAGCCAGUUCCUGGGGAACGGGACAGAGACAAGGACAGCUGCCUGCCGGUCUUCCAGGUGCGCCCCUCCCCUUCCUCUUCUCCCGCUCUGCUUCACAGGACCUCCUCCACAUCCCGUGCACAAGAGGGUCCUGUGAUCAGGAUUGACCUCCCAAGAAAGCGAUACCCAGCCUGGGACGCACACUUUAUCGACCGCCGCCUCCGCAAGACCAUCCUGCUUCUGGAGACCACCUCGGCCAUGAGUCCACGGAUACAGUACAGGAGCAGCUUGAUGGGCAGCAAAGAGGUGUUAGAAUAUGAGACAACUGUUUAAGCCAACAGGGGCUGUUAAACUACAAAGUGCAGUCUGGGUCCAAGGCUCAGCCCGGAAUCAGUCUUCAACCCAGGAAUACCUGUGCCGGGAGUAGCAUGAAAAGAAGACGGCGUGUCGGGCGACUCUCAUUGAGAAAACAGGUUGUCAAACUGCGAUUGUGAAACGUGAACCUCAAUGUGGGACCAAAGCUGUUGAAGAACAUAUAGCAAGAAUUACCUGUUGGAAGUUAAUGGAGUAUACUGAGCCAGGAUUGUCUCAUUUUCUAACACUUCAAACAAGAGGAAUUUAAUCUCACACCAGGGACCAGUAAGUGUUAGAUUUUGUUUCAAUCUGGACGGUGAGGACAACAAGUAAAAGGACACCAGAGAAAUAAAGCUUGAGAUAAUUAAAAAAAACAGUCUGCCACAUGAACUGAAGCCUCAGGCCAUAGAGACAGAACAGAAAUGUAUGACAUGUUGAAGAAACAGAUUGUCAGAGUGUUCAUGAGACAUGCAAUCAUUUUGGAUUUGGGCAAAAUACAUAAAUCUAUAGUCUAUUGAUUUGGCAUUCACAGAUGCUGAGUGAUUAUCUACAACCAAAUUCAUCCCAGGUUUAGCCAAGAUAAACAGGCACCUCUUAUCAAUCAGUCACUUCGGCAUGCUUCACAGAAUUACAAUGACUUGCAAGAAUACACACAGACGAGUCCGAGUCGAUUUGUUGCAAGGGUUGCUUUGUUCUUUCCAUCCAGUCAUGUCCCCAAAAGGUUGCAUGCGCCUCACAAAUCUUUGGUAAUUGUGCUCUUUAAACAUUUUGUCAGAGGCGUCUGAAGGAAAAAGCUGCUCGAAUUCCCCAGCAGGGCCUUGGCUUUCAUCUGAUGAUGGAUCGUAACUCAGUCUAAGCUCAGAUGGUCCAUGAAACGUAGGCCUGCAAUACAACUGAUACCAAUUCACCCAUCCAUUUGUGCCACAACUGCAGCCAUAGCACAAGUCUCGCUGUUUACAUCCUAGCUGCACUGUCGACCCCGACCCAACGGACUUGCUUGGAAAGCUGAACGAGGAUCAAACGGCUACCAACGUAUGGCAUGCUGUAAAUCGCCAGAAACAGGUCUGUGAUGUACAGUUGAAUAAAUGCAGAUGUCCAAUACUGUAUAAGAUGUUAAAAUAAGCUGUAGUUAGGUGAUGAAUGCCUUUUGUGAGUAAGGAAGCUUCAUUUACUCGUAAGAGUCUAAAUGUUGUCCAAAGUGGUUCACUUUUUUCUAAAAAUCAUAUUAUGUAGGAUAUGGAGGAUAUCACGGUCUAUUUCAGUAUACUAGGAACUGGUUUUUAUGGGUUUGAUUUUGAGGGAAAAAAUAAUAAAAAGAAAUAUACCACUUGUUUAAAGUUAACCGUCAAGACAAAGAGUACAGAUAUGUUUUUGCAAACUAGAUAGUUGCAAUAGUUGAUGUCUUUUGUAACAAAAAGGAUAUACCCACCAUCUACGUUCUUUUGUUGGGCUUGGUUUCUUUGGAGGACUAUCAUGUUUUAAGAUUAAGUAGGUUCUGUCUCUCCCUUCAGGCAGAGAGAGCAUUAACUAUACAAACAAUGCUUGGUGGACUUGGUCACUGAAUCAAGAAGUUAAACAGAAGUUGCUUUAAAUGCAUAACUUUGGGCAGAAGUUUACUUUGCCAUUAUUAGGCAUGGGCCGGUAUGAGAAACUCACAACUUUGAUUAAAAAUACUUGAUUUAAUUGCUUUUAUUGAAAAUAAAAACUCAGCAAUUGUUCAGAAAGUUAUAUUGUGUUACGAAAAUGUUGUUCAUUCUGCCCAUGGAACCACAGACCAGAUCUUUAACCAUCAGUGUUGUUAGGUCAUAUGAGUUUGCUUGUCUAGUUCACAUGCAUCUGUAGAAAACCUAUGAGGUAUUUUGUGAGGGAGUAUGAGUCGCCUGAUAUGCUUUGAAGGGCUAUCUGGUUAUUUUAUACCAAAAACAAUGCUCUGUCCACAUGUUUAGCACAAAAAUAAAAAUUCUUAUGGACUCCACUCUUUGAGCGAAGUCCUUGGCCCCUUUGGACGUUUCCCAAGCAUGCACAACUGGAAGGAGACCCCAGUGCAGACUUAGAAGCACAGAGAUGAUUGGAUAUAUUUCCAAACCACCAAAUUUGUCGAAAUAGUACAGUGUCUUUCUUUCAGUCAGCUCAGCAACAAGAAGAGGAAGAGGCAGCACUCCAGCUCAUUCAUACGGUUAGAUCAAACUCACCUUAUUCCAGUGAAUUUUGUGGCAGCCCAGUAAAAUGACUUUAAACUGUGGGAACUUUUUUGUAGCUUAAAAACCCUGGUAUGCUGUGAUACUGGUAACCGGCCCAUGCCCGAUCAAUUUAGACUCCAUACACUAAGGCAACAAUCAAUAGUGAUCAGGCAAUUCAGGUCUGAUCCUUCUGGAUGUGGGCAUUUUUUGGCAGUAUGUCAGUUAUUGAAUGAACAUUGGAUGUUGCUCUUUCUUUUAAUUUUGUGUAUGAAAAAAAGGGAGCAGUGAUGACAGAAGGAAAGUGACAUUGAUCCUCUAUCAAUGUGGAUACAUUGUUGAGUUUUCAACGGAUCAACAACCAGCAGCAUUUAGAUUUUUUCAAUACUUUCAUGAGACAUUUUUCCAAGUUGGUUUAACUGGAGGCUUGUUGAAGAUGAAGAUGGAUCCUCAACAUAUCACAUUUUUCUUUCAGCUGA